UAUAUAGGACCAAGGCUGUGUGGCUGGAAGCAUCAUUGGCUCAUAGGCGAAGAUGCUGCUGCCGCUUGUCCUCUCGGUUUCCCUUUGCAUCUGGAAUAUCCACCAAACCAGAGCAGGACGAUCCAGAGGCCCUGAGUUCAACAAGGGAUUGGAAUGGCUGACCCGCUAUGGCUACCUUCCUCAGCCGGACCCCAGGGCAGCCCAACUUCAGUCCAGCGAAGAAUUGGCCAAUGCUAUCAAAACGAUGCAAAGGUUCGCAGGGCUGCCUACAACCGGGGAGAUGGACCAGAAGACCUUGGACAUGAUGAGCAAGCCUCGCUGCUCCCUUCCCGACAUCAUUGGCACUUCUGAGCUCAUGCGGCGCCGGCGCAGGAAAAAGCGCUAUGCUCUCAGUGACAGUGUCUGGAAAAAGAAAGAUUUGACAUGGCAUAUCCGUUCCUUCCCCCAUUCCUCCUACCUAAGUAGAGAUGUUGUCCGGACGCUUAUUUACGAGGCUUUCCGGGCCUGGAGCAAGUCCUCAGCACUGACCUUCCAAGAAGUGCCUCCAGACCGAGCGGACAUCCUGGUGGAUUUCACCCAGUCCUACCAUCAAGACAGCUACCCCUUUGAUGGUCCUGGUGGUACUCUAGCCCAUGCUUUCUUCCCUGGUGAACACCCUAUUUCUGGUGACACUCAUUUCGAUUAUGAAGAGACAUGGAUUUACAACCCGGGGAACACAAAGUCAGUCAGUGGCACAGAUCUCUUCGCAGUAGCCGUGCAUGAGUUUGGCCAUGCCUUAGGACUGGCUCACUCUUCUGCCAAGGAGUCCAUCAUGAUCCCGUAUUACCAGGGUCCUGUCGGACCAGCCCACUUGUACCAGCUCCCGUUGGAUGAUGUGAUGGGAAUUGAACAACUCUAUGGGAAGCGCCAGCCGGGCUCCCAUCCAGACCAAGAGAGCCCAGGCUUACCAGCCCCCACAGCCCGCCCCAUUCCUGAACUACCCCCAAAGAGACCCACUUAUGGGCCACGGCUGCCCUCACCAGAUCGUUGUAAUACCAAUUUUGAUGCCAUCUCUAACAUCCGGGGAGAAGUUUUCUUCUUCAAAAAUAAACAUUUCUGGCGGAUGCAACCAAGCAACCAACUGGUUUCCCUGGAACCAGCGCAAAUCCUCCGCUUCUGGAUCGGAUUGCCCAAGGACUUCCAGGGCAUCGAUACCGUGUACGAACGUGCCAACGACAGCCAAAUUGUGUUCUUCAUUGGGUCCCACUACUGGGUUUUCACAGAUACCAGGGUCAACCCCGGAUACCCCCGCUCCACCUCGGAUCUUGGCCUCCCUCCUGGCACUAUCAUUGGUGCUGCGUUUGUGUGGCCCCACAAUGGGAAGACCUACCUCCUAGAAAAGGAUCGAUACUGGCGCUACGAUGACCAAUUGGGACACGUGGAACCAGGGUACCCUAAACCUGUCACCCUCUGGAAAGGGGUGCCUACGGAUCUGGAUGACGUCACGCGAUGGAACGAUGGCAAUACCUAUUUCUUCAAAGAUGCCCAUUACUGGCUCUUCAGGGGUGGCAGCGUGGAGUCAGAUACCACUCUCCCGCGCUCCACUGCCCAUGAGUUGUUGCACUGCAGUGUUCCCAACGCUUCCUCCCCUCCAGCUCCGAGGCACGGAGAAGGGGGAAUGUGUCUCUGUGGGGGGGCUUCCCACAAAACAGCACCCCUCUUAGCUUGCAUCAUCAUUUUUCUGUGGGCCGUAUGCUGACCCUUGACCAGUGACAAAACAGCGCACUUUACAUUGCCAAAGGAAGAGACUGAUAGGCGGAGAAAGACAGCCGUCUCAGGAACAGCCUCUGAGUAACUGCUUUCCCAUUGAUAUGGUUCCUCUUACAACUCUAUGGUGCUCUUAAUCUCGCCUUCCAAUCACUUUUUGCGCCUUCUCUCAUCUAGUUUUGUGAUUAGUUUUCUAACAAACCAUGGAACUAAAAAGGUACUGGUUCUUUAGUUUGCCUAAAGCAAUGUUUCUCAACCUUCCGAAUGCCGUGACCACUUAAUACAGUUCAACAUGUUGUGGUGACCCUCAACCGUAACAUUAUUUUCGUUGCUACUUCAUAACUCUCAUUCUGCUACUGUUAUGAAUCAUAAUGUAAAUAUAUGAUAGACAGGAUGUAUUUUUCUUCACUGGACCAAAAUUGGCACAAAUACCCGAUAUGCCCAAAUUUGAAUACAGGUGCGGUUGGGUGGAUUGAUUUUGUCAUUUAGGAGUUGCUGGGAUUUAUAGUUCACCUACAAUCAAAGAGCAUUCUGAACUCCAACAACGAUGGAAUUGGGUCAAACCCAGAACUCCCACGACCAACAGAAACUACAAGAAGGGUUUGGUGGGUAUUAACCUUUCGUUUUGGAGUUGUAGUACACCUCCAUCCAGAGAGCACUGUGGACUCAAAUAAUAAUGAAUCUGGACCAAGCUUGGCAUGAAUACUCAAUAUGCCCAAAAGUGAACACUGGUGGAGUUUGUGGAAAAUAGAUCUUGACAUUUGGGAGUUGUAGUUGCUGUGAUUCAUAGUUCACCUACAAUCAAACAGCUCCUUGAACCCCACCGACAAUAGAAUUGGGCCAACCUUCCCACACAGAACUCCCAUGACCAACAUAAAACACUGUGUUUUCUGAUGGUCUUUGGCGACCCCUCUGACACCCCCUUGCAACCCCCCCAGGGGUCCCGACCCCCAGUUUGAGAAAUGCUGGCCUAAAGUGUGUGGCAAGAGUGUGAUUUCUCUCAAGGAGGAAGGAAACGUACUCUUCACAUGCUCAAAAGCCUCUCUUUGUAUUCAUUUACACGCAAGGAGGCUGUUUUUAUCAAUUCACAUACGCACAAAGCUCUGCUCUGCUCUCCCCAUCCCAAAUUCUGUGUUUAGCAUUAGUGGUCCCAGCUGAUCAUUAUCUCCCCCC